AUGGGGCUGGAGGUCAUCUAUGUCACGCGCCACGGGUAUACCGCCACCAUCCGGUCGCCGACCGGUAUAGCAAACGACCCCGCCCUGACGGCGCACGGCUUGGACCAGGCCAGGGAGCUCGGCCGCCACCUGCUCGCCGUCGAGCCGCCCAUCGAGCGCAUCUACUCCAGCCCCUUCUACCGCUGCCUGCAGACCAUAGAGCCCUUUGCCCGCGCAGCCCAGGCCGGCAGCAGCAGCAGCAGCAGCAGCAGCGAUGCCGCGGCGCCGCCGCAGCCGCCGAGCGCCGCCCUAAAGGUCCGGGUGGAGCCCGGCGUGGCCGAGUGGUUCGGGGCCGCGCCCUUUGCGCACCCGGCACCCGCGCCGCCCGAGGUGCUCGCGGGCCUGUUCCCGGACAUGCUGGACGGCGCGUACCGGGCCGAGGUGGUGCCCCCCUCCCGGGGCGAGUCGGUCGCGGAGCUGCACGACCGGGUGGCGCUGGCGGCGGCGCGCAUCAUCGGGCGCUGCGAUGCCGAGGGCGCGCGGGCCGUCGUCGUCUGCACGCACGCCGCGGCCGUCAUCGCGCUGGGUAGGGUCCUGACUGGCCGCAUGCCCGACGACGUGGCGGGCGCCGACGACUUUGGCGCCUUCACCUGCGGCCUCAGCGUCUACCGCAGGAGGGCGGGGGCUGCGGCAGGUGAGAAGGGGGAGGAUGAGGGUGAGGGGGGAGGAGGAGUGGGAGCGGCAGGCAAGGAGGAGGAGGAGGAAACUGCUCCAGCUCGUGAUGCCCGCGCUACGGCAGCAGCCAAGACGCCGACGACUUCAGAUGAUGCAGUCCCGGUGGGGACGCAGAAGCCCGGGGACGUUACGACGGGUCAAGAGGUGCAGUUGGAACUGAGACAGCAGGAGAGCGCCGCCGCCGCCCAAGAGGUCCGUUCGAGCAUCCCUAGGGAACGGGUGGAUGCUUGGAGAGGAGGGCGUGGGGUUGGUGGUGGCUGGAUCUGCGAAUCCAAUAGCGACUGCAGCUUCCUGAGUGGCGGCUGCGAGCGAGGAUGGAGCUUUGCCGGAGAGGAGUCGUUCCCAGACUUUCCCGCCGUGUCUGCCAGUAGCGUUCGUGAAGAGAGACGAACCACCCGCCUUUAGCCCGCGAGGACCCAUGGGUCGGGUUCCCGCACCCCGUAGCUGCCCGGGCAGGAGGUUGUCGGCGGUGCAGGCAGCCACAAGGCACGCGAUCGCCUCCCCUUGCACACAUUUUGAUAUAGCGGGGCGAUAAUAAGAGACGUGGGCUCGCGUCGAACAGACGGGUACGCCCAGACCGGUCGGCCCUUUUUUUUUCUUAUUUUAUUUAUUUCGUCAGUUCUCUCUUUCGUCUCUCUCUAUUUUCAGGUGGCCGUUGUGAGGACAGUGCUACCCAGCUUCCGCAUACGUACCCCUUGCCACCGGCCUCACACUACAGCCGCGCUCACAAAGUGAGGUGGAUACAGGGUCGCAAUUUCCGAUGGGUUGGGAUGCAUGCAGCCGGUCGAUGGAUGCAGCUGUCAAAGCUGCAGCAACAGAUGGUGUCUGCUGAGGGUGCGUAUCCUUUGGUGGCCUGUCGAAGCAGAAGCAGAC